CUCAUGAUGAAUCAUCAGGUCAUGUUGAGGGGAUCCAGUCAGGGCUUGCACAGUCAGAUGAUUUCACUGGCUGUACACAUGUCAAAAAUCUCAUAUUUCAAUGUAUAAGUAAAAGUGUCAAAGUUCAGCUGAAGCAGGGAUGAUUACAAAGUAAAUUUGAGGGAUGCGUGUUGGUGCAUAACUGGCAUGAUAGAGCAACAAGAGGAACCAAAAAAUGAACGGGAAAAGCAAAAGAACAUUCAAGGAGAAAUUUGCCUUGAAGAACAGCUUUAUAAAAGAAGCUCUGUCAGAAUUCCUGGGAACAUUUGUAUUGAUAGCACUCGGAUGUGGGUGUGUGGCCCAAGACGUCCUGAGCCGAGGGGCCCUGGGUGGAGCUGUAACAGUAUACGUUGGAUUUGCCAUGGCAGUCACCAUGGCGGUGUAUGUAUCUGGGGGUGUGUCAGGUGGUCACAUAAACCCAGCCGUUUCAUUAGCCAUGUGCGCAACUGGAAGGUUGAAAUGGACCAAAUUACCUUUUUAUAUAUUAGCACAAUUCUUGGGAGCAUUUGUUGGAGCAGCAGCUGUCUUUGGGGUUUAUUAUGAUGCAUUCAUGAACUACAGUGGUGGAGAGCUUAUAGUUACAGGAUCUAAUGCAACCGCCCAUAUUUUUGCAACUUAUCCAGCUCCACAUCUGUCUCUGAUAAGUGGAUUUGCAGAUCAAGUGAUGUCAACAGCUCUUCUCGUUCUGAUUGUCUUUGCUAUUUUUGACACCAAAAACAUGGCUGUACCAAAGGGCUUGGAACCAAUUGCAGUUGGACUGCUUAUCCUUCUGCUCUCUUGUUCCUUGGGCAUGAAUAGUGGUUGUGCCAUGAACCCAGCCAGGGACCUAAGCCCAAGGAUUUUCACAGCCAUAGCAGGAUGGGGUUUCGAAGUAUUCACCUCUCCCAAGGACCAGCUGGGGAUGACCAGAGUGCAAUGCACUUCCACCACCACUGCUCCCCAGCUGUACUGUGCUCCCUGAGCCAGGGACUGCAGAGAAGAAAACACAGGCAUCAACUUUAUCAGCCCUGCACCCACUAGCCUGUCUCCUGUACCAAAGGCAUCUCUAGCUGCAAGCUCUCUUGGUCUUUAAUUGCAUGAAAAAAGUGGGCAGAAUGUAGCAGGAGCAGAGGAAAUACUUUAUUAGCACAAGGACAUAAUUGGAUUAUUUCCUUCUGACAAGGCAGCACUGCUAUAUGCUGCUGGGGAACAGGAGAACUGAAUGUGUAUCAGUGGAGCCAAGGGAAGUCACAAAGAAUACUUACCUCUGUUUCAGUGGAGGAGAACAGCGGGUAAAGGCAACUCAGAACUCAAGCAUCUCCUAAGUUUAGCUUUGGCAUCAGCUUCAGUGGUGACUACUCUCCCACCAUCCUAGCAGGAAGGAAAAUGCCAGAACGGCAGUUGUUCACUACAAG